AUGACCAUGGGGGCGAUGUGCGAGAUCUACUCGGCCGAGCUAGACGGUGUCAAGGUGGCGGUCAAGAUACCCCGAAAGGAUUGCGAGGAGCCCGCAGUGGCGGAGCACGAUCUCGAGGUUGAGCUGGACGUGUUGAAACGCGUGAGCCAUAAGCACAUCCUGGGGCUCAUCGGGGCUGGAAACCGAGAGCAAAAGCCCCACCGAUUUCUUGUGCUGGAGUUCCUGGAGCUAGGGACUCUGGCGGACAAGUUGGAUGGGGACGCGGAAGAGGCGGCUAACGGGAGCGCUUUUGCCAGACGGCAGAAGAGGACGAAGAAGUACCUGGACUUCUACAUGGUAACGAUGCUGGAACGUUCGAUGGAGCUUGCCUUGGCGCUGGAGCACCUGCACUACCACAUGCCCGACAUGUUUAUCGUUCACCGAGAUCUGAAGCCGGAUAACGUCGGCUUCAAAGCUGACGGGACCCUCAAGCUGUUCGACUUUGGUCUUGCGCGAGUGGUGAAGCGGCGCAAUCGUGUCAACGCGCGGUAUGAGAUGACUGGCGAAACUGGUUCGAUGCGCUACAUGGCUCCGGAGGUGGUGGAGUCGUUGCCUUACAACGAAAAGGUGGACGUGUACGCGUUCGGCCUGUUGCUGUGGGAGAUGCUGGAGGACCGACGUGUAUUCGACGGGAUGGGGGUGACUGACUUCUAUGAGAGGGUCGUGAACGCUGGCGCGAGGCCAAAUCUCGACUCCGCUUGGCCACAGGAUCUCCGAAAGCUCAUCUCCCAGUGCUGGCACGCGGACGUGGACCGACGACCUAACUUCAGAACGAUCGCGGAACGUCUUCGCACGCUCUACAGCAACGCGAAGCAUUCGAGCAAAUUCUGCAUGAGCGCGAUCAACCUCAACGAGGACCCGCAUCAAAAGAACCGACGGGGGGCCUCGGUUAACGUUGCUAGAAGUGCGACAACAACGAACGUGGUCAGCCCUCGUGGCAGGAGUGGCGGUGGCCCUAGCAGCAGGACGGAGAUCGGCGGGAAAAAGAACGGUGGCGGAGUGUUCCGAAGGUUGGGGAAGAUGUUCAACUCCAGAAAAGGCGGGGCCAAGCCUACCCUCACGCACACCGCGCCAGAGGCGUACUCGCGGAACGGAGCGGGCGGGUUCGUCGAAUGGGGGCGCCGCAAGAGGGGGCGGGGGGAUGGGGGGUGGGGGGGGUUCCGGGGAGAUUCUGUCGGAGGGAGGCCAUGUACGGGAGAAGGGCAAGCUCGCACGAGAUUAUAG